UCUCGUGUAAGCCAAUCGUCGGAUAUUUUGUCAUUCCUUCUCCUUUUUCUGUGCGCGACAAAUAGUAUUAGGCAUUUCGUAUAAUUACAACUCAAGUGAUUUAUUCUUAAAUAUGCAACAACAAAAUCAUAGGAUUUUUUACAACAAUGUAUCACUCCUAGUGAAUGAUAUGUUGAAAGACAAAUGAAAAGGAAACUUACUGACAAUUAAAACUCGUGCAGCACGAGUCGUCUCUUUGUAAGAUGGCUGAUAUUUCGACGAGUGCUUUGAGCAAGAAGAAAAAGGUGUCUUUGCCGGUUGGUUGGUUGGAACGUUUCACAAAAAAACAUCCUGAUAAGCCAUAUUAUUUCAAUGUAAACACUGGCGAGUCCAGAUGGACUCCACCAGUGAAUGACACUGAUAAGACCAUGGAGAAGCAAAGAGGUAGAAAGAGGAAAAACAGGGAUGACGAGGAGAAGGAGACAAUAGAUCCACCUGCUGAACCAAAAAAUAAAGACACUCCAGCUAUGCAACAGUACAGAGAAAAAAUGGCUCAAAGAAAAGCAGCUCUGGAAGCCAAAAAGAAUACUUCGAAGUCAAAAUCAAAUCUUAACAAAAUGGUUACUCCUCAAAAGAUGAAUGGUAAUGGUAAUAUUUCAAAACCCAGUGUUCAAACAAGAUUGAGACGAAGUUCAGUAGUGCUACUUAAGGAUAAUGAUUCAACCUCUAGUGAUGCUAGUAUUGUUUCAAAUGCCAGUAUGGGAUCCAAAAUCAAACAGCUGGUGAAAAUAGCUGAACCUGUAUCAAAAACUCUGAGUAUUUCAAACAAAGAAAUCUCCAACUCUCCUCAGUCAAUUCGUAACUUAUCAAAGAUACCUAAAGUUCAGAUUACCAGAGCAAAAUUACCAACUUCUUCUGACAGUUUAUCAGAUUAUGGUACUAUGUCUGAUAAUUGCCCAAACAAUGUGAGUGUAAGCACUGGUAAAUCUAAGUUUGGUACACCAAAGAGACUUAAUAAUAAUUUGGCCAAUGAGAGACUAACAAAAUUGAGAAAAAGUUUAAGCACGGAAGAAAAAAAACCAGCACUUAAUAAACGUGCACGUCGAACAAUAGCAACAGACUGUAAUUACAAUGACUCUGAGAUGAUUGAUCAAAGUAAGUUAUUGGGUUCACCAUUAUUUAUUCGUUCAAAAUCUCAGAGCAGCAGGUUAAAUGAUUUAGAACGGCGAGUACAAAAAAACUCUUUUGUAGAAAUGAAUCAAAUUAAGCAAGUUAAAUCUGUCGAAGAAGAAGUGGCUAUUGACGAUAAGAAGCUUUUAGAGAAAUGUGAAGUCGCUGAUCUUUUUUGUGAACAAAUGGAUUGGGAACCAAUUGAAGAUGAGAAGAUCACAUUUGAAGUGUAUUCAGUUCGGCAUCAACUGUGUGAAAAACCAGCCAAAGCAUUAAGUGAAUUAUCAUGCCAUAUAAUAAAUUCAGGACAUAUUCCCAAGAAAACAAAUGCUCUCUACAUCAUCAUUGAUACAAAUGUUUUUUUGUCUAACUUACCUUUUGUAGAGGAAGUCCGAGAUUCUCAGUCUGAAAAGUUUGGGCGACCAUUUAUUGUAAUACCUUGGACUGUUUUACAGGAACUGGAUUAUAUUAAAGACAAUAAAGACAAUUCUAGAUCUCAUGCUUUGAAGCUCAAUGCCAGAAAAGCUGUUGACUUUUUGAAUAAACAUUUCAGUGCAAAGCAUCCUCGUUUUCUAGGACAGACGCCCACAGAUGUUGAAAAGAAUAAACAAUUGUUUAGUGUUGAAUGCCCUGAUGAUGAAAUUUUGCAAACGUGUUUACAAGUAAAAGAUUCUACAAGAACGGCAGUGCUACUCUCAUAUGAUAAAAAUUUAUGUACAAAAGCAAUGAUUCAUGAUAUCAUUACAUUAGGACGAGACGAACCACUUGAAAAAAUAUUUUUUUUAAAAGCAGCGGAAACAAAAGACUUUCUAUCAAAUAGUUUGCAUACGCACAUUGAAGAGAAAGCGGAAGAUGUUACGAUAGCGCAGAAAGAGAUAAUGGAGACUGAUGAUAUUAUAGAAGAAGCAAAAGCAAUUAUAAAGUCUGUGUUGUCUGAAGUUGUAUCUAAAGAAAUGGAAACUCUGUUUGGUAACCGAUGGGAAAUGCACGUAAUCAUCCGACCACCGUGGUCUGUAGCCACAGUUCUGAAAUGUGCUUUGAAACAUUGGAUGGGAGCUGUGAGUUUUUCAUUUAAAACUAGGAAAAUAGAGACGAUGCUUCAUGAUCUUCUGGAGCAAAUAAACAAUGUACCAGAAGGGGGACGAAAAUUGAAUGAUGCUAAACAGUUUUUGGAAAAAUGUAAUGAUAUAGUCCAAGGAUUGGAUUCGAGCAAGUAUGAUCAAUUCAAAAUUGAAGCCUUGGACAAAUUAGAGAAGUUAAAUCAAAGAUGUACAAAUAUCAUCAAUGAACUAAACGGCGAAAGGUUAAAGUUGUCUGUAGGACUAGAACCAAAUGUCAAUGAAGAGGAAAGGAGAGCUUUUAUUGCUUUCCAAAUCUUAGAAGAUAUCUACAAUUAUUCAAGAGAUAUUUGUGGUAUAGCAUCAGAUACACUUGGGUUGCAGUGUUCAAUUCAAUACAACAAAUUUAAUUCAGUCCUUACACCAAAGAUUGCGAUUGAGCAUGAGAAAGAUGUCGGUGUUAAUGUUAACAGACUGUGCCAAGCUCUGGAAGUAUCAUUGGCAAGAUUGAACGAAGAUAUUCAGCCAAACGAUCAAAUUAUUUAUGCACUGUAUGAGACAAUCAUGCAUUUUUCUUCAGAUGUGAAUUUCAAGGAAUUACCACAGCUUACUCCUCUCGAUUUGUUCUGCUGUUUGAAACAUCGUAAACCACAAAUCGAAAAAGGCAUCGACCAAUUACAAGAACUUUGCGUUCAUUUUGCUCGCAUGGCAAGUCAUCAGUGUCUAUCGUAA